UAAUGAAAAUUAAGUUUAGGUUGUCUAUUUGAAUUUAUGGUCGCACAUAAUAACCUUGUCAAAAUGCCGGAAAGCAAAAAAACACGUGAUGGUGUCUGUACGAGCUAUUUUCAACACAAUCAUAACAACAGUAUAAUAAAUCCCAUUUCUAUACAAAUAAAGCAUAAAAACACAGUUAACCUUUGGAUACCCAUCAAAGUUCUCGCAUUAAAACCCGUCACGACACGAAAGCCAUAACCAACACCCGAUAACCGCGAAACAACAAGACACACUUAACACGAAACAUCCAAACUUCCACUAUUCUCGGCACGCUAUAAACCUUCGUCGAAGGCCAGUCGCCAUAGCAACCGUUGCCUAGCAACCACACAUGAUCACAUACUAAGAACAGUUUUAUUCCAGUGUAUUUUGUCGUGUGAUCAUGUCGAGUACCGGCCACAGCCAACAGCCGAGCCUGCAGAGCCAGCAGCCGCAGGCCACACAGGGCCACCGCAGCAGCAACGUCAGCCAGAGCCAGACCUCGCGCUCCUUCAGCCACUACGGACCUGAACUAGACGGACUCACCGACGAGGAACUCGUGGCGCUCGUCGACGACCUAAAAGCGCAAGUCGACCUUCUCAAGCUAGAAAACGAGAUCCUAGAAAACACUAUCAUGAGGCUAGAGCCCGCGCUCAUGCACGGCGUGUACCAGGCGCUGGAGUACGCGACGCGGAUGAACUCUUCCUCCUCGCUCAACAUCGGCAGCUUCGUCAAGUCUCAGGCCUCCAAAUUCGGCUUCAUUGAAUCUCUACUCAUGAGCCCCUCCAAAAUGAUGGCCAGCCCCUCUAGAGCCUCCACACGACGAGUCGACUCAUCCGCCAAGAUAGGAGGAACCACAGCCUUUGGCUUCGGACCCAGAAUCAACAUAUUAGAGCGAUCUGAAUUAGUGUCUACCGAAAUGGAAGUGCUGAUGAAGAAUCUUGAAAAGUCUCGCAAAAGGGCCGGGAGCCAGCAUGCGCUACUGAAGGCACAACUCGAGGAGAUAGGGAACAGAGUGACGGAUAUAGAGAAAGCGACAAAACUGUUUGAACAGGAAGUCAUAGUCGCUGGCUGGGAUAAGAUAGCGCAGAGGAUCCCCGCGGAAAUAUGGAUCAGGUUCUUAACAGAGUGGAUGAAACUGUCUGACAGUCAGAUAGGCAAGUUACGACUUAGAACGAGCACUCUGAACACACAGUACAGUAAGCUGAAAGGCCAGAUCAAGGUGAAGGCGGAGCUGAGCGAGAGCCUGAGGGCGGUAGACUUUGACAAGCUGAAGAUAGAGAACUCCGAGUGUUUGAAGCUGAUAGACCAGAAGCUGAGUCAGCUGGGAGAGCUGAAGAAGAUGACGGGAGACGCCAACCUCAACCUCGCCAUACACAAGAAGGCCAUGAUGGAGCAGAACUCCUACCUGACGAAAGUAUUGAAAACUACGAAGAACAGAGAGAACCAAACUAUAGAGUUGGAUAAAGAGAGAGAUCUCAUACAGAUCCAGGCAGACAUAUUAGCGCAGAGGCUGAACGAGAUCCGGAAAGUCCGGCUGCGGUACCAGGUGCCGGAUGUCAUGGAUUACGUGAAAGUUAAAUCUGUGGUCACGGAUUUGAAACACGGAAUUAAAAUGCUGGAGAAUAGAGUUCACAUCCAACAGAUAGCUCUGACAUCCAUCAACAAGACUCUUCAGACCAUGGCCAGUGAGAUGGAGAAACCGCCCGUCAGCGUCACGAAGGUACAGUAAAAGAAUAUACUUCAAAUCUUCAAUGGGUAUUUUGUUUAACCACCAUCGCAGAAAAGGAGAGUGUUGUGUUCAACAGCUGUGAGAGGAAAGGUUAGCCUCAAGUGUCAUGGUAUCUUUGCCAUCGUCAUUAGAA